UUGUCCAAAACGAAUUUGUAUUUAUCAAUCAAACAGUUGUUGUUGUUGUUGCUGCAAUUUUUAUCCUGUUCAUUAUCGAAUCAUUCCGAUUAAGGAAAAAGUGGGUUUCUACAUUUGUGAUCUAUAUAUUGCUUGUUGUCCCAUUUGCUUUGACUGACGCUUUUCCAAUUUCAUGAGAUUUACUUGUUUUUUCCUAGCAAGCUUGCUAAUAUUUUGUUCCAAUGGUAACGAAUCUUGUUAUGCUUAGAUCAUGUUGUGAUCAUCGUCUGUUAUUUGAAUUUGUCAAACAUUCAUCACGGUCGUCCUUGUUAUUUAGUCGAUAUCUGCAAGUGAUUCAUCACCGAAAACAAAUAAAGAAUUUAAUGAGCCUUACCGCCAGUAAUAGCAAUACGAAUUGUUCGUCAUCGUCAUCAUCGAUUGUCGAUCAUUUCCCAAAUCCAGCUACAUUUAGACCGAAAAAAGUUUUAGUUGUUGGUAAAUUUUCCCGUUUAGAAUUUGAAAAACAUCGUAAUGCCAACUUGAGUGAAAAACAACUUGCCGAACAUCUCGAGAAUCAUGGUUCUGAUUAUAAAUCAUUGCUAUAUCAUCAUGACAUUCAUGUGGGCAAUCGAGAACAUAUUGUCAAAUGUUUACAGGAACGAAACAUUGAAUGUCGUGUUGUCAAUCGAUUCGGCUAUACACAGGAAUUGAUCGAUUGGUCCGAUAUGAUCAUAACGUCAGGUGGUGAUGGAACCUAUCUUUUGGCGGCAAACAAAAUACCAAACAAUGGUAAACCAUUAAUCGGUGUGAAUAGUGAUCCUUCCAGAUCGGUUGGACAUCUAUGUCUGGAUAAACGAUAUUCGAAUCGUUUUGAUCGUGCAUUGGAUGCAAUCCUUACUGGUCGAUUUGAAUGGGAUUUUCGUCAACGAAUUCGAAUCACGUUGGAAGGAGAAAGCGCCUUCAAUGAUCCAGUCGAGCUUCAUGAUCAACAAUUGAUGCAACGAGAAUGUCGAUUCUGGGAUCUCGAUAACAUACAUCAAUUGCCUGGGAAAUCCACUAAAGUAAACGAUAUUAAAAAAUCAACGAAUGGUCGACGACGUAGAGUGUUACCUCAUCUGGCGUUGAACGAAGUAUUUGUCGGAGAAUCUCUUUCUUCACGGGUAUCAUAUUUCGAAAUGGCCAUCGAUAAUCGAGCCAAGUUCAAAAUCAAAAGUUCUGGCACUACCAUAUGUACUGGAACCGGUUCGACAUCCUGGUUUUUCAACAUUAACAAACUCACGCCACAAUGUGUUUCGAAUCUGUUCAAUAUAAUCAAUGAAGAACGGUUCAACGGACAGUCACCACCACCUAUGGAUCCAAGUGAUCAACAAUUGGUACAACGUGUAACCGAUCGCUUCAAUAAUUCACUCAUUUAUUCACCAUCCCAAUUAUUGAUGGCGUAUGUGAUUCGUGAUCCGGUCGUAUUCGGUACAAAUUUCACCAAUAAUCCAAGAGAUUUUGCCCGAAAAAUUGUGAUCAAAUCUCGGAUGACCGAUGCUCAUAUUGUCAUUGAUGGUGGUCUAUCAUAUUCAUUCAAUGAUGGUUCAAAAGCGUCGUUCGAAAUGUUCGAACAGGAUGCAUUACGAGCAAUCAAAUUAAAGGAAUGA